AUAGUGUCAAGUUAACUCAUCCGAAGCUCAAGUCCUCCACAGUCACAAAUCAUCUCCAUCUCUCUGUCUCGCUCUGGAAAGACUGAAUCCGAUGGCCCAGAGAAGGGUUCUGCUACUGUGCGGUGACUACAUGGAAGACUACGAGGCGAUGGUUCCUUUUCAAGCGUUGCAGGCAUUUGGAGUCUCUGUAGAUGCCGUGUGCCCCGGUAAGAAGGCCGGCGAUAUCUGCCGCACUGCCAUUCAACAGUCUUCUCGUCAUCAGUUUUACUCCGAGUCGCGUGGUCACAACUUUGCAAUCAAUGCAACAUUUGAUGAAAUUGAAUUUACCAAAUAUGAUGGCCUGGUGAUACCUGGAGGACGGGCUCCAGAAUAUCUUGCUGUGAAUGAAGCUGUUUUAGACUUGGUCGGCAAAUUUUCCAACUCUGGAAAACCAAUUGCCUCUAUCUGCCAUGGACAGUUGAUCUUGGCAGCUGCAGGCUCGCUCAAAGGUCGGAUGUGCACUGCAUACCCUACUGUGGGACCUGUACUUAUUGCUGCAGGUGCUCAUUGGGUAGAACCUGAAACCUUGUUAACAUGUGUUGUUGAUGGUAAUAUCAUUACUGCUCCUACGUAUAAAGGGCAUCCCGAGUUCAUCCGGCAUUUUGUGAAAGCACUAGGAGGCACCAUAACUGGCUCAGACAAAAGGGUCCUGUUUCUUUGCGGGGAUUACAUGGAAGAUUACGAGGUAACUGUUCCUUUUCAGUCCCUUCAAGCUUUAGGAUGUCAUGUGGAUGCGGUUUGCCCCAAGAAGAAAGCUGGUGAUACCUGCCCAACCGCUGUCCAUGAUUUUGAAGGUGACCAGACUUAUAGUGAGAAGCCAGGCCAUGAUUUCACUCUAACUGCUAACUUUGAAGGUUUAGACACCUCAAGUUAUGAUGCUCUUGUUAUCCCUGGAGGUCGAGCUCCGGAAUAUUUGGCAUUGGACAAGUCAGUCAUUGCCAUCGUGAAGAAAUUUAUGGAGACCAAGAAGCCAGUUGCAUCCAUCUGCCACGGUCAGCAGAUUUUAUCUGCUGCUGACGUUCUCAAGGGAAGAAAAUGUACUGCAUACCCAGCAGUGAAGCUUAAUGUCGUCUUAUCGGGCGCAACAUGGUUGGAACCUGAUCCGAUCCAUCGUUGCUUCACGGAUGGAAAUUUAGUAACCGGAGCAGCAUGGCCGGGGCAUCCCGAGUUCAUUUCCCAGUUGAUGGUCUUGCUUGGUGUUCAAGUAGCAUUCUAGGUUGUUUACCAACCUAUCUGGCUUACUUAUGUGCAUAAACCCUAAACCCUAAAGAAUAUACCUGUCCAGGUUUUUACCAUGCUGCUGGCUUGCCUGAUGACAAAAUAAAGAUGGUUUGCAUGUUAACGUGUCUUCUGAUGUGUGUUUCGAGAGAACAAUAAACGGUGUGGUCUUGUUCUAGUUAUGCAAUGCAUCUUUUUAUGUUGUUUUUGUA